CGGUCUCGGGUAACAGCGUGAAUCGGAACCACGGGGGCUUUAGUCGUCUGCCCGAACGGCUUGCGGGAUGGCGCUGUGGCCGCCGCGCUCCCGUGAUUUAUGCCCGAGUCGGGAAGAGGAGCUGCAGCCUCCUGACUCGCAGAUUUACAAUGAUGGGAUUGAAAUGGCCUGCCAGCAACAAAAGGAAUUUGUAAAGAGUUCUGUGGAGUGCAAAUGGAAUUUAGCAGAAGCCCAGCAGAAACUUGGUAGUCUAGCCCUGCACAACUCAGAGUCCCUAGACCAAGAACAUGCCAAAGCGCAGGCAGCAGCUGCAGAGCUGAGGUAUAGCGAAGAAGAGUGGCGCCGGAAAGAAGAAGCAUUAAGGCAACGGGAAAGGCAGAAUCUGUGGAACAUAGAUUUCAUUAGCAGGGAGGUAUUUAAUAAGAGUUUUAUUAAUCAAAAGAAAAGGAAAGAAACAGAAGAAGAUGCAUCUAAAUCUUUCAUGCAGAAACAUGAGCAGAAGAUUAGACAUUUUGGCAUGUUGAGCAGAUGGUUUGACAGUCAACGAUUUCUCUCUGAACAUCCCUACCUUGUCUGUGAAGAAACUGCUAAAUAUCUUCUUUUAUGGUGUUUCCACCUAGAAGCUGAACAGAAAGGAGCUCUGAUGGAGCAGGUAGCCCACCAAGCAGUGGUGAUGCAGUUUAUUAUAGAAAUGGCCAAAAGCUGUAAUGUGGAUCCACGAGGCUGUUUUCGUCUGUUUUUCCAGAAAGCUAAAAUGGGAGAAGAAGGCUACUUGGAGGCUUUUAAAAAUGAACUUGAAGCAUUCAAAUCAAGAGUAAGAAUUUGUUCACAGUCCCAGAAUUUUCAAGCAAUGUCAGUUCAGAACCCUUCAGUUCAUACCAGCCUGAAUUCUAUAGCGGGGUUUGCAUCUUUUCCACAGAAUUCUGAGUCGAUUCAGGGCUGUAGCGCGGACUUGGUGGUACACAGGGAUGAGGAAGAACCCAAAAUGAUGGAUACCGUAUAGUACUCCCAAGACUCAGCCCGCCUGCUCUCAUUGCAAAGAGAAGAACAUGCUGACUUUAUUGGGACUUAUUUUUAAGGGUGCUGCACUUUAGUUUGGGUGUCUGUUUUUUGGAGAGAGGAUAAUCCAGAAACACACUUGGUCCUUCAUUUGGAAAAUGUGCUGCUAGGGUUUUUGUUUUCUGUCUUUCUCUUUCUUUCUUGCUCUCUUUCCCUUCCUUCCUUCCUUUUUUUAGGAGAGGGACUUCUCAUCUGUUGCUGAAUGUGAAACCGGAUGUUUCUUCUGCUACUACUAUACACUUUGCCUUUUUAAAUUUUAGGAAUCAAAGUAUGAGGAAAAAUCUGCACUGCUGCAAUGUUUACAAGUUGUUGAUUCUAGGAGGAAUCUGCUUUAAUCUUACUAGACAUGCCCAUGUCUCACUCUGGAUAUUAAGAUCAUUGUUAUAACGUUCUAUUGCUUGCAUUCUAAGCGCUCAAAUCUGAUUUUUAUCAUGAAUAGCAAUAAAUCAGUGGUUGCUAUUAACAUUGCCCAUCUGGAUGGCUGAGGGAGAAAAAGGCACUGGGCUUUUAACUCUGCUGCAAGGAUAACAUUUUUAAUUUUUUGCUUUUGGACAAAGGCUUUUUAUUUUUUGUUUUGACAUUAACCUAAUUUGAUGUGCAAGUGGUGACAAUUGUCUGGACCGGCAUAAAAGCAGUAUUUUCUAGAGAUGUCAUUGUAGGGAAGCUAGCUUUCCUAGAACAAAUGAACAGUUUAACACACAUUUGCCAGUGGACAUUCAGAGGUGAAAAAAAAUCAGCAUUAGUUGAUGUCUUUUGUAGCUGAAGAAUGAAUGUGAUAAUUUUUUUAAAGUUAAGAUGAACAUUAAAGGGAACUCAGGUGCCAAACCCAGACAGAAUUGUUUCCUUUAAUCAAAAUUGUAUUGAAUGUGAAGCUUAAGGACAGCCACAGGAGGGGAUAAGUAUUCAACUGACAAUUUAAAAUGAAACCUCCCCCAGAGAAUCAACUUGUCAGCUCCUGGUCCUGGGGUGUUGUCCGUAUAGGCCGAACUCUGACAUCUUUACAUGAAAAUUGCUGUCAUGUUUCUACCAGGAAGUCACCACUAUUUCCCACCCUUCUGCUGCUUGGGAGACUCCCCAGUCGUCAUGCUGUAGCUUUUUGCUGCCUCUGCUUAAUCGCCGUUGAUGUUGGGACAGGUUAAAAACAUGAAUGGGCUGUUACUAUUUAGUGCCAGUGCAUUUUAGCCCUUGCAGCAACAUGGGUGGAAUCGAUCCAAGAAUCAGGGAGAUAGGAUAAACUUCAAUCUGGAUCUGUCUCUGUUCUCUUAUUUGGUAGAAAUAUCAACCUAAAGGGAAACAUGCCAUCAGGUUCCAAAGGAGUUAUAGAAAUGCACGGGACAGAAAUGCAUAUGAGCAGCUGAGCCUCUAUCAGGUGUUCCUGGUGCCAUGGAGUCAGACUUUUUUUUUAAAAAAAAAUGUUUCCCUGUUUAGUGGUAGGAGUAGCUGUAGAAGAAGCUGUAACUGACAAUCAGGUUGUACUCAUGAUUUUCUUGGUGUUUGACAUAAUUGCUUUAUAUUCUGGUCUAUGUAGAAAAUAGUCUAGCACUCCAACUAUACGAAAAGAGACUAGUUCGUGGGUGGUGGCACAUUCCACCAGCUGUGACCUAGAAUUUAUAAGUAAAAGAUGCUGAUUUUAGUCAAACUGUCCAAAGAGGACAUUUCUCAUGUGCCUUGAAUAUGCUAGGCUCCAAGAAUGAAGCAGAACCCAUCCCUAGCAUGUGUUCUUGACUUGAGAUUUUAGUCCAGCCCACCUUCUGUAGCCAUAACAGUUUCUUUUGGUGUUCCCAAAGGAAGAGAGAAAACAUAGCUGGAGAGACAUUUUUUUCAAGGGAUCAGACACAGGCACUAGAGUAAACAAUCUUUAUACAGAGUUCUAACUUUUAAACGUGUGUAUUCUUUGCAUCCCAGCUGAUAAGUCACUUCAGAAUCUGAUCUCUGGUCAUUAGAAUGCCCCUCUGAGUUUCCACCUUCAUGCAUUAAGUGCUUUAAUAGCAUUGUAGAAUGUCACCUUGACCAAAUUCUACAGCUCUUUGCUCACUUUGGGCUUAUGUGGGAUCCAUGUUUUGAAAUUAAUGCAGUUUUCACCAUCAUUGCAUGUAUGCUUGGAGGUAAGCCCUAUUGCCAUGUAAGCAUUAAAAGUUUGUCUCUAAAAAUAUUUUAUAGGAAAGGUGCAUGAAAACCUUAAGCAGCAAACUUUAGGGAUUUUAGUAAAAUGUCAAAUGAGAUUCACUGGCAGUAGUUUUAAAACAAAGUGAUUCCCCUUUUUUUUGUAAAAAUAGACUGACUUGUGAACUUCAUGGAAAAACUUGAUUUUAAAAAGGAGAGGGAGCAAAUAAUGAAGAGCUUUUGUGAUCAUUAAUCUACUUGUCAGGAUGUCUUGAAACCUUUAGCUAUUGAAUAGCUCUUGAGUCAAGAGAAAAUGAAGCAACUGAUCACUUAGAUAUUCUGUUUGAUUUACUGAUUUUUCUGGGAUUGUCUCCUCAGCAAGAAGAUGGGUUAUACUCACUAGUGCCCUGGUCCCUAGAGCUGUUUUAUAUUCUACAGUGGACUCCUGUAGAUUGAUAUCAUGCAUGAGUUGAUGCAUAUAAAACUUACGAGAGACCUCUUCUCAUGUGCAAGCUAUACACAGCUUUGUGGGGAACUUAAAAUCAUAUGAACCGGUAGCAUGAAACCACCACGUGUUCUCCUUUACAUAAAGUACUCCAGUAUCUCACUUCCUAAACUUGUACUUCAUUCACACAUGAUCAGAACUGGCCUGAUGUUUCCUGGAGUUGCUAGUAGCAUGGUAGCUAUCAGGUGAGCAGGGACGCUGGGGAGAAAUUGGUUCGUAUGCUAGUUCCAAAUGUGGCCAUUCAAUUUACUGAAAUCAUUGCGUUUCCAUUGGGGCUAACUUCAUAUGUUAUGCAGAGGCAAAUUUAGGUUUGCCAUUGAGCGUGCACUCAGCUGCAGCCACUGGUAUGAAACGGGCUUGCAAACAUGUCUAUUCCAUUCAUGUCUUCUAUUUUUAGAUAUACUUGUAAAUAUGCAAAUACUUGUAUAUGCAGUCAGCAUAUAACGUCAGAAGACGACUGUAUCGGUGAGCUGAAAGGGUCCAGGAGAAGUGGCCCGGCUCAUACUAGUGGAGCACGAAAAGCUCCAAGGAUCAUAAGGAUCGCACUUGUAAAAUGUGUAUGGUAUAUAGUGUAACUUGUGAUGUGGCCUCUAACCACCUAAAUUAGUACUAUAAUAGAUUUCUCCCACCAUUACAGAAUUGUGUCAUUCUGUAGACAGAAUAUUUUCACAAUUUUAUUUGGCAGGGAUUGUAGAUCUUUUGGGGACAGUAGUAGUACUGAAAUUCUUCAACCCUCUAACAGCCUUGCUGCAGGGUGGGGGAGAGUUACUGAAACCUCUUCAAUAAACUUGGCUAUAUGCAUAACUGGGGGAGAAGUAAAUGGACUGUCUUAAUUGACAACAUUUAUUUUGCCUUAGGUUGAAUCAAGCCAAUGACAAACUACUCACCUGGAGGGGGGAUUAAGGUGCAGUGUGGUACGUAAGUGCCACAGACGCUGCAAUAUUACCCAUGUAUUUGAUUCACUACUAAAUUUUAGUUCCUGUACCCAUUUGGGGGGCAGAGGAGUUGUGGUGGUGAAUCAUGAUGUUCCUGCUGAACAGCCCAAAGGGUAUGUUCCUGCAUUCCUUCCAAUGCUGCAGCGAUGCUGGAUUGCAACACUCAGCCAUGUAUAUCAUUCUUCGCAUUCCCAGGAUUGUAAACUAGGGAACUGAACAGGCAAUAUCUGGCCUGCCAGCAUCUAUUUCAGGCCCUUCUAGCUUUUUCUACUCUUGCUUUUUUGUUUUUAAUCACUCCAUUCUGCCAUUUCAAAGGCUGGAAUACAACAUUUUCCUGCUAGUGCUGUAUUCAGCCUCUUUUAUCCCUGGACUACAUUUGCUCAAGGUUUGGCUGCAUUCUACUGUACCAACCGUGUUUUGUUAAUGAUUGUUCCUUAGAGUUGACUUUCUAGAGUGGUAACUUAGCCUAUGAAAAUCUUAGAGAAACAUACUGCUUUGUGACUUCAUUUAAAAUACAGAUACUUCUAAAGCCUUAAUGUGAGUGAAGUUUCACAGCCUGGGAGGAAAAAACUUGUAAAACUAUCCUGUCUGAGUUUUGGGUAUAUCACCAUCUGUUAAUAAAAUGUACUUUUGUUGUAACAAG